CCACCAUGCUUCAACACAUGUCUUAAAGUUAAGCCAAACACCUUGUAUCAAUAUUUAUGCAGAGACCUGUCUUUAUGAGCAAUGCGUAUUACUUCAGGACAAUGCCUAAGUCAACAUGAGAGACUAAUCCGCACAGAAUCAUUGUUGGUUAGAGAUUUGGGCAUUAUCAUGAACAGUUUUGAGUCAUAUGCUCUCUAACCAUCAUGAUCCUUGUGGUUUCUGUAAGAAUGCAAUUUGUUAUAAGACAAAAUGAAUAAUUUGAAUUUGUAAGUAAAUAAACAUUUUAUUCUGAGACCUACAAGUUUCAAAGUUUUGUUGGGAUGUGUCAUGCGUGAUGUGAUGAUUCAAUGACAACAAAACGAAACAAAAAAACAAGGGAAAAAAUGAAAUUAGACCAAUAGUAGUCUCUGACAGAGGAUUGUCCAAUAAUGUUCAAAGGUCAUUAACUUUCUUCUGUUCCCCCUACCAACUAGAUACUCUUUUAAAAGAGCUUCUGAAAGUAGUAGAUCUGCAUUAACUUGCAAAAGUUUUCGCUUUUUGUCUACUUUUCUUUUUAAGUUUUACUUUGUGUUUGUCUGAACAAUGGUGAGUUCGUCAACCACGAUCUCUGUUUCUUGUGCCCCAAAGAAGUCUCGAUCACGUACACCUCAGAAGAAGAUUACUGUCAAGGUCAAGACCCAACAGGGUGGAGAAGAGGAUGUUUACAAGAUUGGUUAUGGUACACAUAUGAGUAGACUAAUGGAAGCUUACUGCAACAAUAGGAACUUAGAGGAAGGCACUGUCAGAUUCAUCUUCGGCAAGAAACAGCUCAAACCACGAAGCACUCCUGCUCAGUUUCCCGAACUUUUUCUCACAGUUGAGGAUGGAAGAAGGCGACGUCAUUGAUAUUGUCACCGAUCAAGACGGUGCUUAAUCUCGCCAGAAUUUCUCCAUCAUUUUCUCGCAGAACAAGAGAGUGUUUUUAGGCUUUUCUUUAAGAAAAGAAGAAGACGUUUUUGAACUAUGUUUCUAAGACACUUUGAGUUCCGGUUUGUAGUUUGUUGUUGUUGCAUCUUAAAAGUUCGAAACAUCUUGAUGGGCCAAGUUCACGAUCUACUUAAGAAACUUCAUCA